UGUGCGAGGGGGCAGGGGAAAGGAGGGGGCCACGGCGUGCCCCACUGUUUUUUACGACACGGCUUUCUGUGUAACAUAAUAAGUAUUAAAAAAUUUUGUGAAAUGAUUCGAUGUUUUAGUAAUAUUUUAUAAAAUUCGGGAAGUGGGAAAAUCGGAUACAAGAUGCAGGGGCUGGUGAGCGAUAAGACGUUCCACUUGAAGUGGAACAACCACCUGCAAAACCUGAGCCAGUUGUUCACCACGAUCUACUCCUCGUCAGCUCUUGCGGACGUGACGCUCUCCUGCCGGGACGGUACCCUCAAAGCUCACAAGCUAGUGCUCUCAGCAUGCAGUCCUUACUUCGAACAAAUAUUCAAGGACAAUCCAUGUCAGCAUCCGAUAGUGAUAUUGAAAGGAAUACCUUUUUCGGAAAUAAACCUCUUAGUGGAGUUUAUGUACAAAGGCUCAGUGGAUGUACAAGAGCUAGAUUUGCAGUCACUCAUGCAUACAGCAUCCGAACUGGAGAUUAGAGGCCUGGCAUAUGAAGCCAGAGAUAAUGCAGCACAGUUGUUGAAUGUGAACCUGGAAUACCCAGCAUCAUACAGCCAGACUGCAACCACUGCUUCUGUCUCUACAUCUCAGUCAUUUCCUGCCACUCGGACUGAUGUUGAAAGACUUAAACAGAUUCACAUGUACCAGCAAUCAAUGAUGCGAGCUGAAGAAGUCCGCCGCAGACGAAGAGAAGACAUGCCAACAACACAGACCGCAGUGAACAACAUACUAGCUGCGGCCGUCAGGGAGAUGGAGGAAGCCAGACAGGCCGCUAAGACUGGCGACAGAGUGGUCGCGAGCAUACAGACAGAUCAAGAUGCAUCAUCCACCUCUAUGGACAUGAAGCGGGAGUCCGAAGAUGAGAGGCCCAAGAAGCGCGUGUCGAUAAUGUCGCCGGACGAUGAGAGGCUCCGCGCCAAGAAGAAGAUGAACGUCCGCUUCCAGGACGACAAGGCUGACGAACAUAACAAGGUCACUUCACCGAACGGUACGAACAGCUCUGAGGCGGCCAAAAGCGACACGGAGGCAAAGCCGAGCGGCAUCAAGGUGGUGCAACUGGCGGCGUUGCAGAAACCCAUGAAUAACGACCACGAUGACUCUGAUGAGAAGGGCAAGGCGGGUGCUGAGGAUGACGAGGAGACAGACUCCAGCGGCUCGGUGUCGGACUCGGCCGCGAACGACUCGCAAGAUGGCCGCCCCUAUGCGUGCGAUGUUUGUGACGUCAGGUUCGCUCGGUCGUCGCACCUGAGCCGUCACCGACUGACCCACACGGGCGAGCGACCUUUCACGUGCGGGGGCUGCGGCCGAUCAUUCGCGCGCUCCGAUAAGCUGCGCGUGCACACCAAGAUCUGCGAGCGGGAGGACCCGACGGUGGACAUGACCGGCGAGCAGCAGCCGGCCGUGAAGCGCGAGAGCAACUCGGAGGUGAUGUCGGGGAUGGUGCGCACCACGCACCGCGAGAGCGGCCACCUCGUGUUCACGGCCAGCGGCGACGUCAUGCUGCCGCCGCGGCCCGCGCCCGCGCCGCUGCUGCUCAACGCCACGCUGGAGCCCGUGCGGCACGAGCUGCAGCCCGGCGAGCUGCUGGAGCCGCCGCGCCGGGGCCGCGGCCGCCCGCGCAAGACGCCGCUGCCGCUCACGCCCAAGGUCAAGAAGAGGAGGGGGCGCCCGCCCAAGACCUCGCUAGAUAUGGAAGGCUGCGUGCUUACCGGCGGCACAGUGAUGGGUCCAAGUCCGCAGCAUAUGUCACAACUGUCUCCGGCAGGUCAGCAGCUGCUUCUUAAGAGGAAGAGAGGACGCCCACCGAAGAACUACUUCGUGCCUGGUAGACCUGGACUUGAUGUGGCAAUACCGAUGCAGUAUGGGCUAGCUGCCGAAAUAAACAAACUUUAUGCCCGACCUAACGAGAACUACAACGCGACAAACUUACCCUUCGGAGACUUCUCAUACCUAACCGAGAUGAUGUACAACCCGCUGGCCUACACGUAUGGUAUCGCGGACUCGGAGAGGGGUGCGGACGAGUCGCACGAGUCGCACGACCGCACCAUCGACGUCUCCGACUCGUCGAGCGACGAAGACGAACAGAGGCUCGAGGCCGACGAGAAUGUGCCCGCGGUCGCGUGCGAAACGCAGAUAAUGACCGUCGGAGACUGCCAGAUUGUGAAACUACCCGCAAACGACGACAAGGACGAUAAGAUUGACCAGGUACAGCCCGAGGCGAUGGCCACUGUUUCGACGCCGAGUUCUGUGACGAUAACUCCAAUCAGUACGGUGGGCGACUGUACCAUACGGCCGCUCGAUACAUAAACAAACCAUUCACGACUUUAUGUCUACCCCUCCACCUCCACUAUGCGGUUGAACUUUGUUAAUCUUUAUAUUAGCCCAGGUUCAAAUGUAUGAUAUCGUUAUAUCUUAUAUACUAGAUGUAUUAUGAUUCACCAAUAAAAUAAAAUUAUUAUUUUUUAUAGAAAAUCGAUUGAUCAUGUAUGAAUUUAAAAUUAUUGCCUUUCGUUAGUCUAUUUAAAUUGGCGUAUAUGAAUUGAUUAAUUAAAGAUUAACAAAUUUGGAUCUGGCACAACUAUCCAGCUAUUAAUCAUUAGGUUAGCCCUAUGUUAUGUCUUCCCACUUCUAUAUAUUCCACGGGGUAGACUUAUUAUUGUGGUAGCAUUGACAAUCAGGAGACCCUCACGGGUUAGCCAUGCUAUGAUGUCUUCCUAUUGUAUGUAAGUAUGCCUGAGACUGUUCAGUCUAAAAUAACCUUUAUAAGUUUUUUGCUUUAUUGUAAACUAUAACUUUAAUACAGACUUAUAUGGCCAACAUUAUACUAACUAGUAUUUAUUUGGCCAGGCCUUUCUCUAUCAUGUGAUUCAGUUUAUGUUAAAUCCUAUUUCGUAUAGUAUGAAUAAAACUAUAGUUAGUGUUGCACAAAUAGUUUUAUUCACGCUAUGAAGCUUUAUUAUUAAACUAUAUCAUAUUCUAAUUUAAUUUGAUAAGCUAAACCUUUAUUGGGUUGAUCAAGUUUUAUGUUUUUAUGUGAGUGUUCGUGCGCAUGUUUAAUGCGCGUUAAAGUAAUUUCCAAUUUCAAGUUGCCCUGUUGGGUGUCCAGAUAGAUAUGAAAAUGCUACUAAUUUGGUAGAAAUGGUGAAUAUCCUGAUAAAGUGCUACUACAAUGAUAACUAGAUAUUAAGCGACUGUAGAUGCAUUUAAUUGGAGUAAUUUAUUGGAAAUUGAGAUUGGAUUGUAGUAAGCUUUACAGUAAUUGUCGUUUGUUGGUAUUUUACUGGAUGGUUAUAAUAAACAAAAUAAAUUAUCUGGAGUUGCUUGAAUAUGUUAGAAAUUUCUAAUUACAGUUAGAUGUUAACGAAGAGCUAUGUUGUUGUAUUUACGUGCAUGUCUCGACGAUUUUUAUAAAUCGUUGUAGCCGAUGAACCGGUCGUCUAGCCAGACGAGAGCGGGGAACCGGUGAUUGGGUUCGAAGGACCAUAUGGUGGCGACGGAAAGAGUGAAAAAAAAAAUGUCUCCAACAUUUUGGUAACAGUUUGUCGUAUGCGGGAAUAUUACAAAUUGGUUGCUGUACAAGUUCGGGUGUCGCGGUUGAUAGUAUUGGUGUAAUUGGAGCGACGAUGGUUCCCCCGCGUCUGGCCAGACGACCGGUUCAUCAACCGGAACGGGGCAGCCCCAAAAUGAACGUAAGAUAUUUUUUGAAAAUGGUUGAAAUUAAAUUUUGUGAAAAUAAAACAAUCUAGUACAAUAUUGACAAACAGAUUAUAAAACAGUGAUACUCAUUGAACACAACAGGUUCUGAACAAAUACGUCACAAAGCGAUGUUAUAUAUAAAAACUACCAUAGAGCUUGUACUUAACGGUUCAAAUGUUGCCAUACACUAUUUUUUUAUUUGAAAAUAGAAAAAUAGUUUUUAUAUAAAACAUUGCUAGUAAUAUAAGGUGUGUAAUGUGUAUACAACAGUAAUAUUUUGCGAUAUUCUACAUAGAGGUGUCAUAUUUACUGAGUAUUGUGUAUUUAUAAGAUAAGAUUUCUUGGUUGCCUUCAAUGUGGUUUUUAGUCUUCACUCCGGUGUACGACUCUGUUCGCAAUGGCCUACGUAUGCUUUAUAUUGUAACUCUUAAGGAAUAUUCAGUUAGUUUUGAACGGGGAAUGUUUAGCUUUAAAAAAAAUGUACUUCCCUUAUAUCGAGAACAAAGCCGUAUGUGACGGAGUUAAUGUGUUUGUAAUGACAAGAUGUAUUUGAUCUGAUUUAUUUUUAGCGAACCACACAGACUUAUUAUUAUAAAUUCUGUAGUAUUUGAAUAGCUCAUUGGCUGUCUACAUAAAUAUCUGCGAUGGUAGAAAUUGGUAGGAUAUUUGAGACUUUCUGUUCUCUAUAAUGUAAUCGAGAAUAUUGGAUGUGUGUAGUAUCGCAGCUGUAACGUAUAAUGCCUUUACUCUUUGUGAAUAGUAAGUAGCGAGUAGAUUAGAUUUAAAAGUUAAAAUUCUAAAUAUAAUACGGCAACACCAUAUGAAUAAGUGAUAUACGUUCGCUAAGUAUGUUUAGUCGAACCUAAUUUAAUGAAAUAUUUCUCUAAUAUUUUCGCCCAUAUUUAAUGAAACUAAUUAAGUACAUAAUUCGCAAUAUUAUCCCAGCUCCGAUCGACAUUGUGAAACAGUCAAGAUUGGAAUAUUAUUAUAAUUUAAACGUUUACUUUCAGUUCCUCGUGUUCGCAUUGAAGUAUUAAUUGUUUCAUUAUUCCUGUACAGUAGCAUAGUUCCUAAACCCUAUGUGUAAUCGAUACAAAAUUAUAAUCUUUCAAAUACUUAUUUUAGCUCGUAAGUUCGAGAACAACUAGCGGUUCACUACUAGACACGUAAUUUAAUUUUAUAAGUUCGCUUUUUACGUAUUUAAUCGAAGACUGCUCGCUUAUUCGAUUUUUCAUAACCGAUAAAUCGUAAGCCGAAGAGGCAUAUAGCUCGAGUCUCAUGGCAAGCUAAGGUCCGACUCGGACCUGACGGAGGUUCGGCAAAUGAGGUAGUGGCAUUCCCAGCUAGAUGUGUGAAUUACAUACAUACAUACAUUAUUAAUGUCUUACUUUGAAAUUGAGGUUUAUGGUUACAAAUUUAAUUUGUACGUUAUUAAUGCCCAUCUUAUUAAUUAAUUACGUUAUAAAUGUAUGGGACGCAGAACUGACAUGCAGCCAUGAACUUUAAGCUCUAUACUAUAUGGACUAAAUUAAAACAAUGAUAAAUUAUCAAUGUUGGAUAUUUUAAUCUACCACCUAAAGAUAUUACCUCAGAUAUGAGAGGAACGGGUGCAACAAACCCAAUGGGCUUCUUAAAGAUAAAAAGCCAUUUCAAAGUACUUGUUAUGAAUUAUUUUAAUGGUCCGCCUGGCGAACGCCCAAUACCCAAUGAAUUAUGAUUACAUUGAGGAAUAAUCCGACGCCCUCCGUCAGACCCGAGUCAUACCCAAUGAUUAGAGUUUAAUUUAAUACAAAUGAAUCUGUAUUUUUAUAUCUAAGAAUAAGUUACAGGACAGUACUCGUGUAUCCCGUGCGUAGUUGUUUAAGUUGACAGUCAGACAGACAGACAAUUGUCUAUUGGCAAUAUGGCCACCAUGAGGUGUAUAUUCACAAUUAUUUAAUAUUCAAUGUCAUGAAAUGGUUUACUGUAAGAAAAGAAACAAAACAUUUAAUUUAAAAAAAAAGCAGUCACAGACUAAAAAUAAUAAGGUGUUAUUUACCUGAUUCUAUUUUCAUUAAUGUUAUAAUAUGUACACCAAAAUAUUUAAAUCGGAAGACUAUGCAUUUAAUUGUGAGUAUAUGUCAUAUUGUUGGUAAUAAAUGCGAUGUUACAAACGUGGGCGCCCGAUUAAUUGCAUUUAUGUUAAGUUUAUAUUUUAUUUGAGACUACCCGCCACGAGAUGUAUCAUGUACAAAUCAAAGUAAAUAAUUAUUUAUGGCAUAACAACCAUUGUACGUUCUUAUUGGUAGUUAGUGUGACGUAUGAUGUAUCGAUCUCUCUAUUGGUGUGUCAAUAGUCUCCGCCCCUUAGCCUUUUUCAUAAACAGAAUGUUA